AUGGACAUUUGGUUUACCGUUCUCAAUUCAAGACUCGAGAGUUCUGAGUUCGAGUUCGAAAAGGACUUCAUUGGAGGAAAAAUUAUUAUUAAAGUAAUUUUUUCCUCCCUUUACAAGGCUACUUCCCUCUGAACUUUAGAAAGACUACAUCGAAGAAGAGAGCGCCGAGUGGCUAGUUCAUGUUUACUUCAUUCCGGUUGAGUUCAGAGAGAGGCCCUUGAUAGGUGACCUGUGUAUUCGCCACGGAAAGCUGCGUCGAGAGGUUUUUCCAUGAGAUAAAAAAUAUCACUCUUAUUUUGAGGUUCGAGCGGGCUUGUGGUUCAACGAAACAUUUGUAGGCCAUGCGAUCACAAAAGAAAAAGAAGGACGUUUGCAAGUUGCAGCUAGAGUGUGUUUAAUCUUUCUAUUCGAAACUCACUUUCAUCGUAACCUGUUUCUUCGUAGAUCAGACGAAUGCUUUUUCUGACUGAUCUCAAGGAGCCAAGCAGCAGUCGCUCUUUCGUUGUUCAGGUUUUUUUUUUCGAUCUCAUAAGCGAAAAUACCUACAUUAUUAGAAUUUUGACAAUUGUCUCCGGAAGCAAGUGCUUCAUCACGUCGACGUCAUACGUCUGAAUUUGAUUGCCGGCGGUGAUUUGUUUCAAAAAUGGCGCGUCCAACAUGUUUGAAAGUCGCAUACUUUUUCCAAGAAGAAUUUAUUAGGAUGCCGGAGUUUCGACGUUUGUUGAGCCGUUGGAGCCAAAGCUUCUCGAAGCACUGUUUGAAGCGACAGCACGUUACGAUGACUUGGUCGUUUUGCGGUCAGUCCAUUUUAAAAUUUGAAAAUUUUUCGUUCUCAACGCUCAUUCUAUUAAGACAUAUCCUGGAAGAGCUGUUGACAGUAGCUAGACGAUUCCGAAUGACACGACUUAUGCGCGCCAUCGAGGAAUACUACUUAGAAUCGCCGAGUUUCAACUGGGAAGAAAAGCUGCUGAUCGCGACGCAGUACAGGAUGAGUCGUCUCUACAUACAAGUCCAGAGAAGCUUUCUGGUCGCCCCUUGGACCAAUCUGUGUCGGGUAUUUAUCUUCUAUCUUUCAAUGUUCUUCUCACUAUUUGAAUCAGCUCAUCAUUUCCUUAUGAAAAUUUCGGAAGUUUAUAGAUUCAACGUGCGCUCAUAAAUCAAAAAACUGUUGCAUCUCGCUUUGGAGACGACCCUGGAUUGGAUCUCUACUCAAACAUGCACAAAAAUAUUCGCCAGCUGAUAUUUUUAUCCGAAGAAAAUAUAUGCAUAGGUUGAAUAAAACUUUCAAUCACCUUUCCUAUGUUUCUUUUCCACUUCACGGGUUUUUUUAUUAUUAAUGAAUUUUUAUUCGUUUAAAUGUUUUGACUCACUCUGCUCAACGCGCUGAGUUCGCUCUGAUGUUUGAUGAACACAAUGUCUGUACUGAACCCCUCAUAAACGUGGACAGAUGGAUGUCGAAGUGUCAGAGGGCAUCGGGAUCCGUGCCAACUGCUCCAUUUGUUUGGCGUUGCUCACCGGCUCCGGAAGCAUUUCUGCGUUGCCUUGUGGCCACACUUUUCACUUUGUUUGUGUCAUAAAAUGGCUCGAGGUGAAUUUUUUUUGUUCCAAAAUAUUUCUAUAACAUAUAUUCUAGGCGAAAAAAGAGUGUCCCAAUUGUCGGAGGAGCGUGAACAGACAAAAAAUCAUCGAAAAAUUGUUCUUCGAAGAAAUUUUGGCGGCAAAUGUCGGUUGUUCAACUGUCGAUUUUUCAGAAAAGGUUUUCAAUUUUCGAAACUUUGGAGAAAUUUCGCAGUUCUUUCGGUUGUCUAUUUUCUGAUAGUUCAACUUUUUUAUAGUAUUAUUUAGGCUGAAGCUCUCGCUUUAGAACUGCAAAGAGAACGGGAGAAUUCGUCUGCAGCUCUGUUAAAAGUGGAGGAGCAUGAAAAGGAGAAGAAAAAGUUGCUUUCGAAGGUUUCAUUAAGGAAUCAAUUUAAUAACGAGCAUUUGUGCAGAUCACGAAGCUCGAGCUAAAAAUUUCCAAGGAAAUUCCACGCUUGAUUUCCCGGAAUCAACAACUCGAACUUAUCGCUGAUGACCGCCAAAAUCUAGAAAAAGAUUACCAUAAAACAAAGGCAUUAUUACGAGCAUCUCAUUUGUAAGUUUCACUUUUGGAGCUCUUUCUAUUCAUAUUUUGAAGUUAUAAAUUGCUCACGACGGCGACAGUGGAUGACGUAGAAGCAUCUCUUUCGAAAUACAUCAGCGCGAACGGAGACGUCGACGCAGGAAAGUUCACUGUUCUCCUGAGAAGGUGCCCAGCCGAAAUUCGCAGUUUGUACACAUUUUUGAAGACAAAUUGACGAUCUGAAGCGGAAGGCAAAGUCUACGCAACAAGAAAUUCAACAUCACGAGCAGAAGGUGCGGCGAAUUAAAAAGGAGAAGGAGGAGAAAGAGGAAAUAAUCAACGUUGGCGCUUUUCUACAUUAAUGACUUGAUAGGAUUGUGUAGGACUUGAAACGGGAGGUGCAGAGGCUUCGGGAAGACUUCAAUGCUGAAACGCCGAUGAAUAAACGGCUGAGGGCGGUCCUCGCUGAGCCGACGCCACGUCGACCUUCUCUCGGCUUCGACCGAACUUUUGGACAGCGAGAAAAAGAAAACUUCCUUCCUAAAGUUAGAACCUCUUCUCGACUAUUUCUCAGCUAAUUAUUUCUUCCUUGACCUUUUUUGAAAAAGAGCUUCUUUUUCAGAGUUUGAGUGUCAAUUCUGUCUUGAACAAUGGCAGCCAAGAAUAUGACGAAGAAGAAGAAGAAGACGUUUUUGCUGCACGGCCGUGUAGUUCCAAAAGAAAGUCGCCGAUUUCUACCGCACCCCAUGAACUAGAUGCGAUAGUCGUCGCAAAUAAAGAUGAUUCGACGUAAUUUGGGAAAAAAAAGUAUUCGUUCAACUCAAAGACUUUCAGUUUCGAUUUUUCAUUUGAUAUCUCCGUUCCGAAGGCGUUACUUGCACGCGUGUGCACUAAAAAUCAUGCUGUCACCAGCGAAUCUCAGAAAAAGUCUUCUGGUUUCCACAAAAGUACAUCCUCUUCCAACUUUCCUGCAAGGUUUACGCGCUAGAAUAUCAAAUGAGUGUCGUGAGUUGCAGACUCGCGGAUAUUCCGGAUGAAUCGACCAAGGAGCUGCGACCCGUGGCCUUGACUCAGAGAUCAGAGAGGAAGCGUGGCGGGAACAGCAAAGAGAAGAUUGUUCCGAAGAAAGUGGCCCGAAUAUCAAGUUUUUUCCCUCGACAAAAUUCAAGUAAUGAGAUUGUGUUAGAAUAAUUUUUUGAACUUGUAUAUACGUGCAAUGAACUGUUUCAUCUGCUUUUCAGUCAUUUGCAGCCUUUCGUGGUCACAAAACCGGAGGACGCCAUAAUUACUUUAUUGAUAGUCUUCUCCAUACAACUAUUCUAUCACUUUCCAUUCCGGCUGUUCCAAUGAUAGAUGUGCACUGUCAUUUGGCGGAUAAUAAAUUCAAAGAAGACGUCGACGAGGUCAUUCAACGAGCAAAAGAGGCCGGCGUUCAGGGUGUAGUAGUUGUUCCCGAGUUUGUGAAUCAGUUCAAGCGUGUCCUGGAAAUAGCCGAACGAUAUCCUCGAUUUGCGUUCUGCGCUUUUGGAGUUCAUCCAAUUCAGGUUGAAUGAUCAUUUAUUUCAAACUUUCACCUAUUAUUAAGCCUGACGGCUCCAUAAAUUCCAACAAAAAUAUCCCAAACCUGCGUUCUAAUAGCUAUCUUAAAGGCAUAGGGGCAGUAAAAAACGGUGUUUCAGUUCAAAGCGGUUAUUUAUAGAGCUUUUGAUUGCGAAUCGAACGGUGAACUUGAAAACGUACAGAAGUUCCUAGUUUUGAAGAAAAAAUUAUUCAAAGUCGGAGAGAGGAAAGUUUGAGUUCCCGCGAAAAAGGGGGUUUUGCAGUAAAGUCGCUCUAUGGACAACAGGCUCCGCCAUUUUUCGGAUUCUCGCUUUUUUCUCCGUUUCUUUCAAUUUUCAAUUUUUUCUGUUGUCACCAAAGUUCUUUUCGUCACAAAAGCUUUCGAUUCAUGUAUAAUUUGCAAACUUUGAUCGCAAAAAUGCUUCUUUGGUGAAAAAUGAUGAUUUUACAGCGGUUUCGAUUGGGAUAGCGAUUAUUUGUGUUUCCUUUAUUAUCGGUGUGUGUUUUUUGUUUGACUAAACGUUUUUUUCAGAAAAGAAACCCUUAAUUUGAAGCAGAGAGUCGGUUAUUUCUCAAAAAAUGCGAGUCUAAUGAGACGUCCGCAACAUCGCGUUCACGGCUACUGUAAACAUUUGUCCGUAUGCCGAUCCAAAGCUUUUUUCAAAAAUAAAGGCGGGAAAGUAAAAUCGCGUUUUUCUUCUAAAGUUGUCACAUCUGUAUUUUUUUUGAGUACACCAUUCGAUUCGCAAAGAAAAACUAUAUAAGAUACUGCUUUCACCUGAAACCCCAUUUUUUACUGCCCCUAUGCCUUUAAAAACGAGAUCAGUGGCGGCAGAUUGAAAACCUCGCAACUGAACCGCUUUGUCACCGCACCGGACUCGCAUUUCUCACGCACUCAAGAAGUGAAAAUGUCCAAGUAUCGCAGUAGCGCCAAGAAAAAUGCAAUUUUCUCUUUCACACCCAACUAGGCAGUUAUCUUUAGUCAGGAACUCAGGAAGCCAGCAAUAGGAUUUUCAGAAGCGCAACCGAGGUGUUCGCCUUGACGCUAUAGUCGAAGUGGAGCGGCAUCUCCAAGAACAUCAUGAUAAGGCAAUCUGCGUCGGCGAGAUCGGCCUGGACCACACCACGUCGCAAUUCAAACUCACAGCCGAUGGUUUGAAAACUCAAGAAGAAGUUUUCCGUCGUCAGAUUCGUUUGGCUUUGAAGUUCGAUCUUCCUAUGUUUGUUUAGAUCAUGCAAAUUAACCUUUCUUUUUGUUCUUCAGAAACGUUCAUUCUCGCUCCGCAGCUCGUCGAACGACUGAAGUCCUGCGAGAAGAGCGUUUUCCGGGUAAUAAGGUUGUGUUGCACGCGUACGAUGGAACCAUCGAAGACGCUCAACAAGCCGUUGCAGAUGGAGCUUUUCUUUCGGUGCCCCCUUGCUUCGCUUCUUGCGAAAAUGUCAGUGGGAACUUUUUUUUGAAAAUUUCCAGUGCACUGUCUUUCAUAUGGUAUCUGAAAAAAAAAACUGCGUCAAGGGAGUCUAUUGUAAACGAGCAUAAAAGAACUUUUUUCGAAAGUGGACACAGGGCAUAUCGAAAACUAAAUUCAAGAUUCACGCAAAAAGUUUUUUGAACUUCAUGAUGUGAUCUAGAAAACAGAAAAAAAUCUUUUGACACAAAAAAUUAGGCAACAUAUUUGUCUGAAUGCGUCUUUCAGGCCAGGCCAUUUUUUACGUUGAGGAAGUGAUCCCACUUCUACAAUAUUUGUUUCAGAAACGUGUUUGAAAAAUUUCUUUUCAAUUAGGAAAUUUCAUCUAUAGGCCAGAAAGGUGUUUGAAACGGUUCCGAUGAGUCAUAUUCUGCUCGAAACGGACUCACCUGCGCUUGGUCCUCGCAAAGGAGAGAGGAACGAGCCCGCUAACUUACGCUUUUCUGCUCAAUUCGUUUCAGAGGUAAUUCAAAACAACCAUAGUUCCAAAUAGAAGGUGCAGGGUAAUGAUUAAAAGAGUUUUUUCAGAUAAAAAAGAUCGAACUUGAAGAAGUCAUCCAGGCGACGUCCAAUAACGCCAACCGUUUACUGUGUUUCAAACAAAGUACACUAUCUGAAUGA